UGACAAAGUUGUCGUGCUAGCCAAGCGUUGCUGUUACUGAAAUGACGAACGUUCGAUUACUUUCCUUGAAGAAACUGGCUUUCGGGAAACCUGAUUACGUUAUCUCAAAAAAAUUUUUAAAGUUUGCCGCAUCAAGUUGUAUGUGGAAGUCUGAUGAUGGGUUUCUGGCAGCCAGUCUCAAACCUUAGAGAAUAUGUAUCCCAUAAUCCUCCAGGAGCAACCUUUUUCCUGUGUCUGUUGAGUCUGGCUAUCUCAUUCAUCUGCCUCAACAUUUACAGCAGUACUCACAUUCUGCCUAACCCUGACGUGGAAAAGGACUGGAACCAUCUCUUCUCCUCCUUAUCUCAAUUCCAGCUGUGUGUGAAAGAAAAUGCAAGUUCAUUUGCAGAGGUUUCCUCCAAUUCUCCACUUUUGAUGGAGCAGGGGAAGGAUCAAAUGACUUCCGUUAACUCAACAAAGAGUUCUACUUCUAUCACUGUUUUGCAUCUCAGGGUUCCCCUGACUGUGACUACCAGCUCACCAAAUGGCUUGCUGAAAGAUGUUGGUUUAUUCACUACUUUAAAAGCAAGUCAACUUUAUCUUGAAGACAAAGACCAUUUUAAUUUGACACUGGAGAUUGUGCCUGGAAACAGCAGCCACACUUGCCUCUCCAUAAGGGCUGCAACACACCUCCUGCCCAUGAAUCUACUUCCACCAGAGUGCCCUGCAUCAGGGAGAAAUAUUUCAACCAUCCAUGUAGAAGCACGCAAUCAGCAGCCGUCAGCAUCACAAACCUGCUACAGUCUUCACUCCAAGAAUGACCCUGAACUUACUGUGAUGUUAACACCGGAGGAGCAAAGUGUGGCAGCACAACAUGUGCUGGAAGUCAGCAUGUGUCUGCUUGUAGUUUGUUUGAUGCUCUGUUUAGCUGCAAGUCGGCCACAUUCGCUCACACAGCACCAUCCCUGGAAGGAACUGGACCUCCAAAAUGAGCCCUUGAUUGACAGCUGAAUAAUUUUCAUCCUUCAAGGAUGAAGAAAUCAGCAAGUGAAUGAAAGAAGACAAAGUACAAUAUUACUUGUCAGCUAGCAUCCCACAGGGUAUACAAAAGACACAUCUUUACAUGUUGAGGGGAGUGCUGUUUGCUUUGUGAAAACAGUGAUACGAUGUCUUUUUUCCCUCUGGUGAAAAACUCUAAAUCAUGAUAAAUUAACCCUGUAUUAUAAUCAGGGUUACAUCAAGUUUGGUUGGUUUCAUUUGGAUACCAAGUAUUAAUAUAACCUUUAGCUAUUUCCAAAUUUGAUUUACAGAAGCUGCCAAACCAGCACAUUUGAGUCCCUAUUAAAUCAACAUUGCAGGACACGUUUCCCAACUUAAUGAAUGUGCAAUAUAUGUAACUGUAAUGGGACCAUAUUCCCAAGAUUUAACUAUUUAGGUAAUGCCUGCAUCAUUGUCUAUCAUGUGCAGUGCCUGUUUACCUCACCUCUCCAAGUAAGUCUCAAUAAACGGGAAAAAUAAUAAUAAUAUUGAAUGUAAGAAAAUUUCUUUUGAAAUUUUAUGGGUCUAAAUGUGUUUGAAUGGACUGAACAAUUUUGAUAGUCAGCUUUUACAAAUUUCCUUUGGAAUUUUUCAAUUUUCCAUUUGGGAUUAAUAAAAUACUUCUACCUUUUUAAUUUAUUUUACUUUAUUUCUUUAUUUUAUUUCUCACCAGAUUCAGUAUCAAUAAUCUACAACUUUAUUAUUCUUAUGUCUACCUGAAUGAAUAAUUGGAGUUAACAUUGUUGAUACAUUUAAAUGUCUCUUCUUUAAAGAUUAAUUAAAUUUGUUUUGAUACAUUAAAAUGAACUUUUGAAUUAGUAAUGUAAAAUUAACUUAUAACUAAGGUAGGUCAAAUUAAAAACUACAAAUAUUAUGAAUUGAUUUAUGCAACCAGAAAUAUGACUGCAAUCACAUUUUCUUAGACAUGGUUUCCUUGCUUUAGGAACCUCAAAAAAUGUUUUCAUUUCUAUUGUAAUUUUAAAUACAGUGUAAUCAUUGAAUUAGAUCCUUUGUAAAUUCAUGUUUAAUUUUUAGAUCUCCCAUUUGAAUAAAGAUAUAUGUAUGCA